ACUCGUCGGACGCAUAUUGUAUUUUCCAUUUGGGUGGUGAUUAUCCUUGCUCUACCUAUAUGGUGGAGAACCACAGAAGUCUAUCGAGCACCACUACCUUUUGAGGCCAUUCGUUCAUGGGAAACCACGCAAAUCACAGCGACACAAGACACAUCUCGCUUACUUUUUCAGUUGAUGCAAAAGAGUGCUGAUCGUAAAAGUAUGCGCGUUGUCAAGUAUGCACCAGCAUACCAAGUAGUUCUUAGUCUACUGGUUGGAGAUCCAGAAAGUGUCAUGGUUUCAUGGGAUGCACAAGCUGCAGCCAGUGCGUAUAUUCAACCAUUUCUUUUCGAAUUAAACGCUAUUUCUGAAUUUACUAUCAGUUCUCAGAUUUUAAACUACGCCUCACUUCCCAUUCAGCCUGAAAAAGGUCAAGAUGGCAAUGGAAACACUGCGUAUUACAUGAAUGUCAAAGCAUUGUCUAAUUUCCUUAAUUCAGCUGAGUGGAACUUGGCUUCGGUGGUUUCAUCUGCAUCUCCAAUCAAUUUAAUCCUUUAUAUUCCACCAAUGGAACAAACACCGCUGCACGUUCUUCACUACAAUGGUAUCAAUUCGUUUUUGAUUCCACAAUGGGGAGGCGUGGUUAUUCGCAACGUUCCUAAUGAAUUCCGCCAAAUCCAUUAUAAUUUGGAAAAACUGCAUCCCAUUAUGGAAAUAUUUGUUGAGCAGCUACGUGGGCUUCUUGGCAUAGAUUCAGUAUGCAUUGUAAACGAAAAAAUGCUUUUGCCAAAUGUACGUGUUGAAUAUGGUGAUGCUAGUGAGAUAGGAAUGACACGAUGGGAGUUGGAUCGUCUCAUUCGAUCACGGACGGUCCAGAACAUGGCAAAUGCAGCACAAACACUGAUUUCAUUGGCCAAUUUGCUUGAGCGACUUAGCGGAAUGGUCGUGCUGGAUCUGAUCAAAUAUUAUGUCACAGAUUCGCUCAAUUAUUUAAAUAUGACUAAGCAUGAGCUUUCGACUUGCCAAUUCACUAAUGCUGCACAAUAUGCACGACGUGCUGUGACCAGUGCCGAGGCAGCCUUUUUUGACCCAACCAUGGUUCCAUUGUUGUAUUUUCCAGAUGAGCACAAAUUUGCUAUCUAUAUGCCGUACUUUGUUCCCGUUACUGUGCCGCUUAUUCUUGCCUUGUUUCGCGAAGUCAGGCUAUGGAUCUCCAAAAAACGGGAAGCCAAACUCAAGUCUAAAACUGAAUAG